AUGCCGUUGAGUCGAAGAAAGAACAUGAAGGAUAUGCAAGCGCUUAUGAUUUUCAAUACGAGAAUUCAUGUACCAGGGGCCACAUUCAAGAUGUUCGAUGGACUUCGCUUUGUAGUCGCUACGAGGAAACAUGCUGAGGAUAUCGAAAAAUUUAUGUUUUCUGAUUUCGGCAUCAAUGAACCUAUCACACGCUCGUUAGCUGCAACACCGACUGAUUUGCGGGAUUUCUUUCAUGAUCUAGCCGAAUCUGGUUAUUCCAAUGAAAAAUAUUCCACCAUUGUCUAUGAUAAUGAAAGGCUGAUUGCCGUAUGUUUAUGCUCCGUAAGCCAAAGUAAGGAUAUCGCCGAAAGUCCUCCACAAUUCGAUCCAGAAACACACGAUUACGCAGGAGAAAUUAGUCAAGGCCCAUACAAACAACACAAAGCGAAUCAAUUGAUCGCAUUCGUCACUGCCCUGGAGGAAAAACAGGGGUUCCUACUUGGAAGCGGCAGCAAAGUGUUCAAAGUCGACGUAAUUGCCGUUAAUAACGACUACAGAGGAAAAGGUUUAGGUAAGGAGCUGACUCGGCGGGCAGUAGAGACAGCGAAGAGUGCAGGAUGUAAUUGGGUCGCAACUGCAGCCACUGCAUCGGCGUCUCAAGGAGUAUUUUCACGGUUAGGCUUCGAAUCUCUCUACGAAAUUCCUUAUAACAAAUUUCGUGAAAAUGGAGUGGCUGUGUUUCAAAAUCUACAUGAUGGAUGUCAAAGUGGCAAAUUUAUGGCUUUACGGGUAACAUGAUGU